UCCUUCUUCCUUUCUCUACCCCCGUCCACCAUGCCUAAAGUAAAGAAGGCGAAGGGGAAGAAGGUGGCUCCGGCCCCUGCCGUCGUAAAGAAGGCUGAGGUGAAGAAAGUGGUGAACCCGCUGUUUGAAAAGAGGCCAAAGAACUUUGGCAUUGGGCAGGACAUACAACCCAAGAGGGAUCUUACCCGCUUUGUUAAAUGGCCACGCUACAUCCGACUUCAGCGCCAGAGAUCCAUCCUGUACAAACGACUCAAGGUGCCUCCAGCAAUCAACCAGUUCACCCAGGCUCUGGACCGGCAGACGGCCACCCAGCUCUUCAAACUGGCCCACAAAUAUCGCCCAGAGACCAAGCAAGAGAAAAAGAAAAGGCUGCUGGCCCGGGCUGAGCAGAAGGCUGCAGGCAAAGGAGACGUCCCAACAAAGAGACCCCCGGUCAUCAGAUCAGGUGUGAACACAGUGACCACCCUGGUGGAGAACAAGAAGGCCCAGCUGGUUGUCAUUGCCCAUGAUGUGGAUCCUAUUGAGCUGGUUGUGUUCCUGCCUGCUCUGUGCCGCAAGAUGGGUGUUCCAUACUGCAUCGUCAAGGGCAAGGCCAGACUGGGCCGCCUUGUCCAUAGGAAGACCUGCACCAGCAUUGCUUUCACACAAGUAAACCCGGAGGAUAAGGGAGCUCUCUCCAAACUGGUGGAGGCCGUGAAGACCAACUACAAUGACAGACACGAUGAGAUCCGUCGUCACUGGGGAGGAGGGAUCUUGGGCCCAAAAUCUGUGGCCAGAAUCGCCAAGCUUGAAAAGGCAAAGGCCAAGGAACUGGCCACAAAACUGGGUUAAAUGUACUGGGCGUGUCCCUUCUGUUCUGUACAUAAUAAAGAAAAUUCCAGAAAAUCA